UUAGAGGAGGAAAACAAGAAAAAAACCAAUGGACUGCAGACACAGUAUAGGAAAUGACCAGAGACUGCGGACACAGUACAGGAGAUGACCAGAGACUGUGGACAGUACAGGAGAUGACCAGAGACUGCGGACAUAGUACAGGAGAUGACCAGAGACUGCGGACAGUACAAGAGAUGACCAGAGACUGCGGACACAGUACAGGAGAUGACCAGAGACUGCAGACACAGUACAGAAGAUGGCCAGAGCCUGCGGACAUAAUACAGGAGAUGACCAGAGACUGCGGACAUAGUACAGGAGAUGACCAGAGACUGCGGACACAGUACAGGAGAUGGCCAGAGACUGCGAACACAGUACAGGAGAUGGCCGGA